AUGGCCACCACCAACAGCCAGAGUCACUACAGCUACGCCGACAACAUGAACAUGUACAACAUGUACCACCCCCACAGUCUGCCACCCACCUACUACGACAACUCGGGCAGCAGCUACUAUCAGAACAGCGCCAGCUACCAGGGCUACCAGAGCUACUAUCCCCAGGAGAGCUACGCGGAGAGCAGCUACUACUACAACAACCAGGAGCAGGUGGUCCAGCAGCCCACUGCCCAGCCCAACACCCCGCCGCCCAAGUCCGCCAAGCGCAUGGCCGAAGAGGAUGCCGCCUCCAUCAUCGCCGCCGUCGAAGAACGCCCCAGCACUCUGAGGGCCCUGCUCACCAAUCCCGUCAAGAAGCUUAAGUACACCCCCGACUACUUCUACACCACCGUCGAGCCGGUCAAGAAGGCCCCCACCGUGCCCUCCAAGGUCGCCGCCAGCCCCGCCCCCAGCUACGAGCAGGAGUACGUGGCCGUGCCCACGCCCAGCGCCUCCGAGGAUGUCGACUACCUGGACGUCUACUCGCCCCAGUCGCAGUCUCAGAAACUGAAGAAUGGCGACUUUGCCACCCCGCCGCCGACCACGCCCACCUCCCUGCCGCCCGUCGAGGGCAUCAGCACCCCACCCCAGUCGCCGGGGGAGAAGUCCUCGUCAACUGUCAGCCAAGAGAUCAAUCAUCGAAUUGUGACAGCCCCGAACGGAGCCGGCGAUUUCAAUUGGUCGCACAUCGAGGAGACUUUGGCAUCAGAUUGCAAAGACUCGAAACGCACCCGCCAGACCUACACCCGCUACCAGACUUUGGAGCUCGAGAAGGAGUUCCACUUCAAUCGGUACAUCACCCGCCGUCGCCGCAUCGAUAUUGCCAACGCUUUGAGCCUAAGCGAAAGGCAGAUCAAGAUCUGGUUCCAGAACCGACGCAUGAAGUCCAAGAAGGAUCGCACGCUGGAGAGCUCCCCGGAGCACUGUGGUGCGGCCUACUCGGCGCUGCUGCCGCCCCUGGAGGCCACCGCCACCGUCACCGCCACCACCUCGGUGCCCAUGUACCACCACCAAGCCACCACCGCCUACCCCGCUUACAGCCACAGCCACAGUCAGAGCCACGGUCAUAGUUAUGGCCUGCUCAAUGAUUACCCUCAGCAGCAGACCCACCAGCAGUACGAGGCCUACCCGCAGCAGUACCAACAGCAGUGCAGCUACCAGCAACAUCCGCAGGACCUCUACCAUCUGCCCUGA